UAACAUGUCAACUCAAUUCGGCAAAAGCAGCUGUAAUGAAAAUUAUUUGUACAACGGUCGUAGACUACUUCAGAAGGAAGUUUUUGGAUCCGAAUGCUCAAGAUGGAGGAGCAAUGGGUGGUCACAUCAAUAUCGGCAGGAAAGGUCCGCAGAAACUUAACAUCGCUCCAUAUCUUAGACAGCUGACCAAAUCAUUGACUAGGUUAGAUUCUAAAUCGAAAGCUCGAUGUAAUUGCAGCGAAUUGGUCAUCAACGGACGCGCCCUGCAUUAUGUGGUAAAAGUCGAUGAUAGGAGUGCGUCGUUACACUUUUAUACCGAUAUAAUGGGAAUGAAAGUAUUAAGAAACGAAGAAGUUAAAGUGAAAGAGUGCAAAUGCGAUCAACCGUAUCAAAGUAAAACCGUGGUGGGUUAUGGAUUAGAAGAUAAUUAUUUUUGUCUGCAAUUAACUUACGAUUGCAAAAAUCAGGUUAAGCAGAUGAAAGGGAACGAAUGUAUCGGAAUAACGGUGAUUGCAUCUCAAGCGUUGGAACAAGCUAGAAAAUUGAAUUGGCCCAUUCAUUCUUAUAAUAUGCUGGAAGCACCGGAUGGUUUAAAAGUUUACGUAAUUGAUAGUCCGUUGCCGCGUAAAAGCGACCCCAUAGUAAAAAUUUCUCUCGCGUGCACAAACUUAACGUGUUCGUUGCAUUUUUGGCACAGUAUGCUUGGAUUGACUUUAUUCCAACAUUGCAAAGUAGAGAAACGUGCGCAAAUUUCGUUUCGAUCCGACGAAGUCUUAAUAGAGCUCCAUCAAGUUGAUGUGAGUAUUAAUCGAAGCCAAUCCGCGGAUAGAAUCGUUUUUUCAUGCCCACUCGAACAAUUGUAUUUAAUUCAAAGUCGGGUUUCGCAAGAAUUUCAAGGAAGGGUGGUGAUUCCUUUGACUAAACAAGAACACGAUGGGUUGCAAUUUCUUAUAUUAGCUGACCCCGAUGGGCAUGAAGUGUGUUUUGUUGAUGAUUUAAGAUUUAGGCAAAUUUCAAGGUUAGAUCCUGAGGUGAGGAAGGAAUUGGGUGAGAUUUGCGCGAAAAGUUGCUUUGAAGAGGAUGUUAAGGCGAGUACUCCUAUUUCAAUUCCGGGAUUUUGUACUAAUAACCAAUUAGAAAGGGAUGAGUCUAAAUCGCGCGAGGGAUCAUCUCAUGACUCGUUUUAUUCGGUUAUUUGUGAUAGUAAGCCGUCUUGUAGGAAGAAAUCUGAUGAUAAAUCUGAAAGUUCAACGACUGCGUCGAAUACUUCAAAGGUAAUGCCGGAAAAAUCGGAGAAAAGACAUAGAAGGAAUAAGAAAAUUAAAAAUCAUGAUUGGGAAGAGAAACAGAAAAAUAAAUCUUAUUCUGCUGAAAAUGCCAUCACUGAAAGUAUUCUUUUGAAUUAUUUGAAAGGAAGGGAUGUAACGAAAGCAGAAAUUAAGCCAAAAAAUGUUUUUGAGCAAAACUCGAUUGUUGCAAAACCAAUUGAUAAAUUCGAACAACAUAUAACGGUGGUGGUAAAAACGGAUCAACCUGGAAAAAAUGAUGUUACUGAUGAAGUGAAGAUUACGAAGGAUGAAAAGAAUGUUUCUGGUCAACAAUCGACCUCGUCAAUUUUGACCCCAAUAUCUAAACAGACGGCUUCAAUUCAAGAAGAAUCUUUUGGACAUUUUCCCAAAUCACCAAUAAGCGAAAAAAAUUCACCUGCGGAAGUUGUAAAUGAAAUUAUCCAAAAGAUUACCAAUUUUUCUGAAUUUAAUGAUGGGGAAGAAGGUAGCCAAAGAAAAGCAAAGUCUCCAAAGGGAAGUAAAUCGCUAAUAAAACCGAGGGUUGUGUAUACAGCACAUUCUGCUUCAAAAUCGAUAUUUCAAAAUGAAUCACUUGAUACAAAUGUUUCUAUAGAAGCCGAAUCGUCGAAUAUCUUGGAAAAUGGUUCUUGCAAAAAACGGAAUUUGUCACCAAAAUCAAGCAAAAAUUCGCCAUCAAAAGGUUAUGCAGAUAGAAAUAAAAUGAACAAGAAUGAAAAGAAAACAAAAGAAAUCUGCACCACUAUCGCAGAACCAAUUUCUUCUUCUUGUUGCACAAGUAAGUCUGUUAUAGAUAAAACGGAUGUUAAUGACACCAAAGAAAAACUGAAGAAGGAGGAAAUGUUAACAGUUGAAAUGGCAAGAUUAUUAGAAAUAGAACGUAAAAAGGAUGUUGAAAAGAAAAAAGAGUUAGAACUGCAACAGAAAAAAAUCGAACAACAAAGGAGGGAGUUGGAAAAGGAGAAAAUUAAAUUUGAGCAAGAAAGAUUGAAAGCGGUAGAAAAAGAAAUGAAAAAAAUUGAGAUGGAGAAGCAAAAAUUACUCGAGGAGAGGCAAAAAAUCGAUCAAGAAAAGCAGCGCGAUAUUGAAAGAGAAAAAGAAUUGUUGAGAAGGGAAAGAAAACGAAUGCAACAAGAAUUAGAACGAAAAAAAGAAACCAUGGAGAAGGAGAGGCAAAAAAAGAUGUUAGAAAUUGAAAAUGAGCGGCUGAAACAACGAGAGGCUGAGAGGGAGAAAACAAGAAAACGACUUAUCCAAGCAACAAAACCACCAGAAGAAAAUAUUUAUAUUAAUCCAACCUCAAGAGUGGGUUAUGUUACUGUUGAAACAAUUAAUCCCAUUACUUCGAAUACUUCAAAAACGAUACUUUCCGAAAACUGCAGUGAUGACGUAACAUACAAAACAAUCACGGAAUUAUUGCAAAAUGCGGUUAAAAAAUUAGAAGACAUUCCCACCAAUGACGGAGUAAUUAUAACAAACGAACGAAACAAAAAGGAACGACCCAAAUCAGUACCAAAAGGAUUGAGUAAAUCGCAAAAGAAACACGUACAAAUAAUGCGGGAACACGCAACAAAUUCAAAAAAAAAUAAUGGAUCCCCGAAAGCUAAUAAACAUAAAGUUCACGUUUCAAAAGCUCGCAGUAUGACGAAAACGAGGAAAAGGGGGGAUUUAUCAUCGUCUUCGUCAUCGAUGCAUACAUCAAAAACGAGGCAAUUAACCAAACAGUUAAGGAAAAUUUCUGAGUCGAUUUCGGAGAGGCCAUCGUGGAAAAGCAGCAUUUAUUCUUCGCCUAGUAAUCAAGUUAAAAUUCCGACGAAGAUUCCAAUGCUUCAUAAAUAUUUUCAGAAUAAAAAUAAUAAUGAAGAUAAAAAUACUCAAGUUAUUAAUCAAAAUGUAACUGAAAUUAAUGUAGCUAAAACAGAAAUUAUUGAAAAAAUUAAUAAAACGGUUAUUAAUGAGGGUACGCAAGAUGAUGGGGCAGUUCGCGUUGAUAAAGAGAUUCAAGAAGCUUUGGAUGAAGGUGAGAAUGUAAAUAAUAAUGAAACGAUUUUGAAUGAAAAAUCAUCUAUUAACGAUUGUGUUAAUGAUAUUAUGAAAAAUCCAGAACGAAAUAUUCUCGAUUUUUUAAAUGAGUUGAAUGAAGAAAAAGACCAAGGAAAUAAUUGUGAUAAACUCACAAAAGAAAAGAUGGAAAAGAAAAUAAUUCAAGAAGCGAUCUCUCGGGUUACCUCUUACAACACAAUGGGUGUUUUUCAAAAUAUCUCCAACAUAAUCGCUGCCAAUAUAAUAUCAACAGCGAAUAUUCACGAAAUGUUAAAGAAAUCAUCAGAAAAUAUUAAUUUAAAAUUUGAUAAUGAUAUAAAUCCAAUUGAAGAUCUUGAAGCGAGACUGAAAAUUUUAGAGAAAAAAGUACCCGAAAUUAAAAAUAAUAUGAAGAAAGAAGAUAGAAAAUCGCCAAAACAAAAACCGAAAGAAUCUCGGAAAUUAAAAGAACAUCAUGCUGGGAAGUAUGAGAAGACAACUUUAUCACCGAAUUGUAGUGUUUAUUACCAACAAGUUGAGAGGGCUAUUAAAGAAUCGAUGUGUAAUAAACGCCCAACUCCACGGCCAAGAUUUAAUGGGUUAAGCCCUGAGGAACGCAUUCAAAAUUUUUUGGUGAAACGCGAAGAAAUGAGGAGGUUGGGACAACCAAUUCCAAGUAUUCGGUUGUGUCAGCGACCAUCUCCUACGUUGUAUCCAACUCCUAAGAUUUAUCAGAAACCAUCCCCUACGUUGUACCAACAACCAAUUCCUACGUUGUAUCAACAACAUUCUCCUACGUUGUAUCAACAACCAUCUCAUACGUUGUAUGAACAACCACCUCCUACGUUGUGUCAACAACAAUCACCAAUUUUGUAUCGACAAUUAUCGUCUAAGUUAUAUUCAGAACCAUCACCUAAAUUACAGCCACAACCUUCACCAACAAAGAUAUCAUCACGAGUACCUUUAAGGGUGGGCCCAGAACUUUCAUUAGAGGAAAUUCAAAAAAUGACUCAAACUGCACCAAGAACUUAUUCGAAUGUGGGAACUUCUUACCCAAAGCGAACAUUUAUCAUUCCUCGGAAUCAAACUGAAUUGGAAAUUAAAUGUCCUAAAAUAGAAUUGUCAAGAAUCAGUUUGGGGGUGAUGACUGAUUAUGACACAGCGGAUAAUGGAAAAAAAAAUAAAAUAUCUCCUUAUUUACAAGACAAGUUGGAUGAAAUUUAUGAAGAUGUUAAAGAAAAUGAUUCGAGAUCUUAUAAUGAAAAGAAAAAUGUGAUUUUUAUUGAUAAUAAUAAUUCAAGUAGUAACGAUGAGUUUUUAGAACGUACUCAAAGCACAUCGAAUUUGUCCACAAAGAACGAGAAAUGUGUUAAUGUUAGUAACGAAGAAACUGAAUGUUCAGAAAAUGUUUAUCCAGGAAAUGAGUGUUCAGAAAAUGAGUAUCCAGAAAAUGUUUUUCCUGAAAAUGUGGUUUCACAAAAACCAAUUCCAGUUUCAAAUCCAGAAAUAAUUAAAUCCGAGAUUGAGAUUCCUGUUAAGUUACCAAUAAAAAAAAUCGAAUCAAAUGCAACGAAAUUAACCGAAACCAGCAGUGGAAAAUCAAGUCAAUUAAGUAAUUGUGAUAAAUGGAUUCAAGCUUUGAAUCAAAAAACCCUUGAGAUUCUAAAACAAUCUGCCCACGCCGUAGGAAACAUAAAAAGAGAAGCAGUAAGAGAAUCAACACUAGCAUUAAAUAGAUCUAAAAAAAAUAUUUCCAGUUUAAGUAGUGUAGAAGAAAACGGUGAUGAUUACGUAACAGCAAAGUUAAAAUCGUUUAGGGCGAUGCUUCCCCGUUAUAAAAAUACCACUCAAAUCGCACGCCACAUUAAUUAUUUCGCGAAUAAAUCACCACCUAAACAAAUUAAACCCGAUACAUCCAAGUAUUAUGAUAACGAUGAUAACUUACCGUAUAAUCUUAAAACGGUAUCUUCGGAAUACUCCGAAGAAGAAAUUAAAUUUGUUAAUUUUUCGGAUUACCCAGAAAAAGAAACUUCCGGUUUGAAAUUGAACGCGGAACAAAAAUUAGGAAGAAUGACGAAAAAUAGAAAUAUAAAGUACGUUCACCCUGAACAAAAUUGUUACGGUCCUCAAUUAUCUCAAAAUCAGGCAGCUGCGGAAUUUAAAAAACGCUUAUCGAUAUUGCAAAAUCAACAAACGAAAUUUAAGAGGUAUUCGCCGUAUUCUCAAUUUGCCGCGAUGCGAAAUUUAUCGCCGAUUGAUACAAGAAAUGUUUAUAGAGAUUAUGGAUAUAGGAUUUAAAUUUGAUUGAAAUUUUUUUCAUUUUCGCGUACUUGAUGUUUUUGUGGAUAAAAAUUGUAUGUCUUUGGUAAUAAAAAAAUUGUUCGGUUUAAAA